AAGAAUUCGCGACCCUCCCUUAUCGUCCACCUCAAAAACACUCCAACACACUCUCUUAAUGGUUGGACCUUAGAUCUCCACAACAAUGGCUGUUUCUCUGAACUCAGUCCUCGGAUUCAACUCUACGCUUCAAGCCAAAUACCAGCAUGUUUCAAGAUCUCCUGUUGGAGUUUCACUACUGAAGGUCACCCCUAGCUCAUCCUCCUUGGGGGUGUUUGAGUCAAAGAGAUCCAUAAAGCACAAAAGAUGGGACUCGGGUCUUUUAGUUGCAGAUAGUGAUCAAGUUGCUGGGGAGACCAGUGAGAAGAUCUCUGGAAGUGUAGAUUCUGAAGAUCAGGUCUUAGCAGUGAAUCCUUCAUCCUUGGAUUCUGCAGCGGGAAAUGGCCAAUUUCAAACUAAUAUUGUCAAUGAGUCAGAGCCUCAAACUUUUGAGGCUUCUAAGGGUUCUACUGUUUCAUCAGAUCUGAAGCAGAACACAGGAUCCUCUCCUGAUUCACAAUCUAAGCCCAAAAGAUCUCCAUUAACUGCAAGAGAGAGACUAAGGGCAGCAAGGGUUCUCAGCCGUUACACAGAAACAACGUCAUCUAAAUCAGAACUAGGCAGCAAAGUGUUGGAUGCUCUAAGAGCAAGUGAUAAAGGGAAGAGAAGGUCUGGCCUUCCAGAAGCCCCUACAAACUUGUUUGAUGACAGCAAGCGAGGGUUGCCGAAACAGGGCCUGACCUUUCAGUUUCCAGGCGGUGUUGAUCUGUUUAUCAUUGCUUUCUCAUUUGUUUUUAUCAGCACAGUGAUGUUUGCAACAACUUACAUAGUGUGGAAAGCCGGUGCCAUCCAUUUUAAUGAGUACUAAGUUGGAUGGCAAUGGGUUUUUUUUUUCAUCUAGAUGGGCUUGCCUCAUCCAUGAGAACCACAAGCCAUCUUCACUUCAGGUACCUUAGAUGCUUUGCUUUUUGUGGUUAGGAUUUUACCUCUUCUUUCAGGCAAGGUAUAUACUUCAUUGUACAAAGAUUUGGUCGGCCGACAAUGAUAUACAAUGUCAUUUUUAUUCGCCUUUC